CACCCACAGAAUACGAAUAUAAAUAUAACCUACAAUUUGCCAGUUCACGUUUAUUUUUUAAAAUUUGAUCAUGCCAAAGACUUGGGAAGAUUUAGGUGUACCUCUUCAAGAUGAAGUCAAAGAGGCAAUUAAGUCACUCAAUUUUCCCUACAUGACCCCUAUCCAAGGUGCCACUAUACCUUUAUUGCUUAAACAGAAAGAUGUUGCGGCAGAAGCUGUUACAGGAUCUGGAAAAACUUUGGCAUUUCUCAUACCAUUAUUAGAGAUUUUGAAGAGGAGAGAAGUCGAGCAGAAAUGGAAGAAGCAUAACGUUGGUUCUAUAGUUAUUUCUCCUACAAGAGAACUGGCACUCCAAAUAAGUGAAGUUUUGAACCAAUUGUUGAAACAUGUGAAGGGCCUCAGUGCUGCCCUAUUUGUGGGUGGGAACAGUGUUGAAGAGGAUGUAAGAAACUUUAGACAAAAUGGAGCUAAUAUUAUAAUAUGUACUCCAGGAAGGAUGGAAGAUUUGUUAACGAGAAAAAUUGACAUCAACCUACCGCAUGCAGUAAAGACAAUCGAAUUGUUAGUUUUGGACGAGGCUGAUAAACUUCUAGAUCUAGGUUUCAGUAUAACAUUAAAUACAAUAUUCAGCUAUUUACCUAGACAGAGAAGAACGGGAUUGUUCUCAGCUACUCAGACAAAAGAGAUGGAGGAUUUGAUGAGGGCCGGACUCAGGAAUCCAGUUCUAGUCAGUGUUUCAGCAAAGAUGGCUCAAAGUACACCAAAAUCGUUGUCAAACUACUAUAUUGUUACCAAGAAUAAUGGGAAAUUGGCAUCUCUCAUUUCUUUUAUAGAAAGAAGAGAUAUCCAAAAAGCAAUAUUAUUUUUGCCUACUUGUGCAAUUGUUGAUUAUUGGUCUUACAUAUUUCCUCUACUAAUUCCUGAGAAACUGGGGCUUCCAAUUUUUGCAAUUCACGGGAAAAUGAAGGAGAAAAGGAACAAAGUAUUGGAGAGCUUCAGAAAAGCUGAGAAAGGUAUUAUACUGUGUACUGACGUGAUGGCUAGAGGGAUUGAUAUACCAGAAAUUGAUUGGGUCUUGCAGUGGGAUCCCCCAAUGAAUGCGAGUGCCUUUGUACACAGAAUCGGCAGGACUGCUCGGCAAGGUAAUGAGGGAUCCUCCCUCUUACUAUUGUAUGAAAAUGAAGAAGAUUAUGUGAAAUUUAUCGAGAGAAACCAAAGAGUAUUCUUGACACCACUCGAAGAUGAAGUUUCAGAUGAAAGGAUAGAUAAAUACAUCGAAAUAAUAAGAAAUUUUCUAAUGAAAGAUAGGGCUAUGAUGGAUAUGGGCACCAAAGCAUUCGUAUCACAUAUUAGAGCAUAUUCUAAGCAUGAAUGUUCUUUAUUACUCCAAGUAAAGAAAUUGCCACUCGGAGCCAUGGCUUUAACCUAUGGUCUUCUACAAAUGCCAAAAAUGCCUGAAUUGAAAAAUAGGGAUAUAUCAGAUUUUCGUACUAUAGAGAAUUUUGAUUCCAACAGUGUGGCUUAUAAAGAUGCAAAGAAGGAAAAAAGCAGACUGGAAAAAUUAGAAGAAUAUAGAAAAACUGGACAUUGGCCGGGGUUCAAGAAAAUCCAAAAGAAAGCAGUUCCUUGGUCUAAGACCAAACUCUCGAAAGAAGAAAGAAAAGAAAAAAGACAAAAAAGAAAAUUGAAGGCUGAAAACAAGAUCAUGAAAAAAAGGAAAAUAAGUGCAGAUGGUGCAGCACAGUAGGUGCUCGAUAAUCGGGCAGUGAGUUACUCACUGAGAAAAAAUUGUAACAUAGAUUUGUAAAGCAAAAAUUUUUAUUAGUUUAUAUAAUAAAUUUUCAUGAAACUUUCA